UGCCUGGCUGAUGGCGUCCUCGUUGCUUCAGGCGCGCCAGCAGACCCCCUCUGGUGUCCCUCGGGAGUGUAAAAACCACAGCCACACUCCUCUUGGUCAUCAUGGCCACAACUGGCCUGACAGGCAUGAACAUAAAGAUCUACCCAAAGAGCAAGAUCACCUUCCUUUUGUGGGGGACUGCAGCAACUUCGAUAUUGUCAAAGCAACCCAAUAUGGCCUUUUGGAACGGUGCCAGGAGUUGGUAGAGGCAGGAUAUGACGUAAGGCAACCAGACAAAGAAAAUGUAACCCUUCUUCACUGGGCAGCAAUCAAUAAUCGACUGGAACUUGUAAAGUUCUUUAUUUCUAAAGGUGCAGUAGUAGAUCAACUAGGAGGGGACUUAAAUUCAACUCCGCUUCAUUGGGCUGUUAGACAAGGACAUUUAUCUAUGGUUAUAUUGUUAUUAAAAUUUGGAGCAGACCCAGCUCUCAUUGAUGGUGAAGGAUACAGCAGCCUGCAUUUGGCUGUGCUUUUUCAGCACAUGCCCAUCAUAGCUUACUUCAUAUCAUAUGGUCAGAGUGUAGAUACAACAGAUCACAAUGGACAAACCCCUCUUAUUCUAGCAGCCCAUAAAGUACUUGGGCUGGAACCUACUCGUUUUUUAUUAAAGUUUAAUCCUUCUCUGAAUGCUGUAGACAACAUAGAAAAGAACACUGCAUUGCAUUGUGCCAUUGCCGCAGGAAAUGUUAGUGCUGUAGAUCUCCUUCUAGAAGCUGGAUCCAGUUUAGACAUCAAAAAUAUCAAGUUCUUGCUUUUACUGGUGAUGGCAAUUAUAUUGAUGUGGGCUAUAGGAUAUGUUGUGGAUUUAAAUUCUGAUUCUUGGCUUUUGAAAGGAAGCUUGCUGCUCUUCAUAUGUGUUAUCAUCUCCUUAUUUGCAAGGCAGUUUAUAGGGUUCAACAAACUGAAAUAUUUUCCAGUAGCAUUUUUGCUUGGUUCCAUCUUCUGGAUUUCUGUGACCUGUUUCAUCUGGUUCCUACCUAAUUUUUCAGGCGCAGUUUCUCAGCUUCCUUUUUUUUCUGGUGUGGUGGGGCUUCUCUAUUAUUUCUACAAAAUAUUCAGAACUGAUCCUGGAUAUAUUAAGACUACAGAAGAAGAGAGAAAAAAGAACAUUAUUACCCUUGCAGAAUCUGGCUCCUUGGAUUUCAGAACAUUUUGCACAUCCUGUCUUGUGAAAAAACCGUUAAGAUCCAUGCAUUGUCACAGUUGUGAUUCAUGUGUAGCUAGAUAUGACCAGCACUGUAUUUGGAUUGGGCGAUGUAUAGGUGUUGGCAACCACUGUUAUUUUGUCCUGUUUCUCCUUUUCCUGACAAUGGUGAAUAUCUGGGCUUUAUAUGGAACAGUUCUAUACUGGUCAGAACACUGCACAGUAACAUACCAGAAAGAUGGAGCAUGGACUUCCUUCACACAGAUAGUGUCUUGUUCUCCAUGGGUGUUAUAUAUUUUCACACUUGUAUCCUUUCAUACUUCAUGGGCUUCACUGCUGCUAGUCCUUCAGCUUUAUCAGAUUGCUUUCCUGGGAUUGACCUCACAUGAAAGGAUUACCCUCUGGAGGCAGAGCAACCGUUCAAAGCAUCCUGUUUCACUCAGGAAAACUCCAUAUAAUCAUGGAUGCCUGCAGAACCUAGCAGAUUUCUUUCAAUGCAGAUGCUUUGGAAUGCUGAAGCCCAACAUAGUUGACUGGACUAAGCAGUAUACACUAACAUUUCAUUCAGCGAAAGAGAAAAACAUUCAUCCUGUGUGAAGAAAACCUGUACCAAAUACUUUUGGCUUCAGCUAGAAGCUUAAACAAAUAGUUGAAUUUGGCAGAUUGUAUGGUUUGUUCUGAAAUAGCCUUUAUUGCAUUAUUGCUGUAUUUGUGUAGGGGCGUGAAGUUUGCAUGCAUAAAUUGCGGCAAACUGGGUACUGUGUUGAUGGCAGCAGUUUGUGUAUGAAAUUUUCAAAUAAUUUUAUUUGGAAGGAAAUACAACUGUGAAAUGUCAUUUUUGAAGUUGUUAAUGAGAUGUGUUUUUAUAAAGCAACUCAGAAAUCCUAUGCAUUGUUGUUUAUAUAAGUCCAACUACCAAAA